UUCACCAAAAAAUUAAAAAAUAUCAUAGAGAUCGAUAUCGAAUGGCAGCAGCUUUGCUACUGUUUCUGCUAUCAUAUAUUUUGCAUCAUCAAUUGGAGGUUCUUGCAUUGGCCACUUCAUCUGAUCAUGAUUUUAGUUACAUGAAAUCUGUACACAAUGCAACUGAUCUACCAUUAGAAGAUGUAUAUGACUACAUAAUAGUGGGAGGAGGCACAGCAGGGUGUCCAUUGGCUGCAACUUUGUCCGAAAAAUACUCUGUUCUUGUCCUUGAAAGGGGCAGUACCCCUGCUGCAUAUCCCCAGGUGUUGAACGCAAACGGCAUGCUAAAUAAUCUCUUGCAGGAAGACGAUGGAAAGACACCUGCUCAGAGGUUCGUUUCCGAAGACGGAGUUAAAGUUGUAAGAGGCAGAAUCCUGGGUGGUACCAGCAUGCUGAAUGGGGGAUUCUUCUCCAGAGCCGAUGACCAAUUCUAUAAUGAAUCAGGGGUUGACUGGGACAAGGAUAUGGUCGAGAAGGCAUAUCAGUGGGUGGAAGACACUAUUGUGUUCAGCUACAAUUUGUCUACUUUUCAAUCUAUUCUAAGAAAAGGUUUGCUUCAAGCAGGUGUUGGUCCUGACAAUGGAUUCACUCUGCAACAUUUGGUUGGAACCAAAACUUCCGGUUCAACCUUCGAUGAUCAGGGAAGGAGACAUGGAGCUGUGGAGCUACUCAACAAAGGAGUAUUGAACAAUCUGAGAGUUGCAGUUGAGGCCUAUGUGGAAAAAAUCAUCUUCAGCUCUUCCAAUACUGCAUCACGUUUGUCGGCAACUGGAGUCAUAUAUAAGGAUUCGAAAGGAAGGAUUCAUCGGGCAUUUGUAAAAGAUAAAGGAGAGGUGAUAUUGAGUGCAGGGGCAAUUGGGAGCCCUCAACUUCUUCUUCUCAGUGGAGUUGGUCCAGUUCCUCAUCUUUCUUCUCUGCAUAUUCCUGUUGUUUACUCAAAUCCUGAUGUGGGAAAUUUUAUCUCCGACAAUCCUCGUAAUAACAUCAACAUUGUAGCCCCAUUUGCAUUGGACGCGUCAACGCCACAAGUUGUAGGAGUUGUAGGGGGUACAGGUGACUUCAAUGUCAUAGAGGGAGUCUCCUACAUCUUGCCAUUUUCAUUUCCUCAACCUUUUGGCCUCUUUCCAAACUCCACUUCUCCUUUACAAUUGAGCGUGGCAAACAUUCUUCAUAAGAUAUCGGGACCUCAGUCGACCGGCUCCCUCCGGUUGUUGUCAUCAGCAGAAGUGAAAGUUAGUCCGGCUGUCCGGUUCAACUACUUUUCUGAACCGGUGGACCUUGCUGGUUGUGUUAGAGGAAUGAGGAAGAUUGGUAAUUUGCUGAAGACAGACUCCUUUGAAGAACUCAAGUUUGAAAAUCUGGAGGGUGAAGAAGUUUUCAAGUUUUUAGGACCAUCUUUGCCAAAGAACCAGUCAGAUGAUGCAUCAAUGGAGACGUUUUGUCGAAGCACGGUGACAACAGUUUGGCAUUAUCAUGGUGGUUGCUUGUUGGGAAAGGUGGUGGAUGGUGAUUACAGGGUGAAGGGGGCAAAUUCACUUCGUGUGGUAGAUGGAUCCACAUUCAAAGCCUCACCAGGGACCAAUCCUCAGGCCACUCUAAUGAUGCUAGGCCGGUACAUUGGGCUCAAGAUUCUGCAGGAAAGAAGAGCAGAAAAGUAGAAACAUAAAAUAUCGUGGUUAGAAAUAACAAAUUUUUAAAACCACCAUUUCCAUGUGUGAUUAGUAUGUUCAAUAAAGUAGAUAAAUAAAAUCUCUUGGUCGGGAAUAACAAAUUUGUAAAACCACCAUUUCCAUGUGUGAUGAGUAUGUUCAAUAAAUCAUGAUGGUAGUUAAGCUUAUGUGUUAUAAUACUCUCUUGUAUCUACAUUUAUGUGUAUAUAUAUAAGACUAGGGUGUGCUCUGUUUCACUUGCUUCAAGCCCCAUU